AUGAUUGAAAACUCUAUCUAAGAGAUAUGCUAAUAUGUAGAAGUAUAAUAUUCAUUAUUAAUAUAUAGCUUUCUUAUGAUAAAAUACUUAAUUCGCUUGAUUAACUUUUAAUUCCUUAGUAAUUUCCAAAAUUGAUAAUCAACUCUCCAACUUUAUAUUCAAUACCACAAGAAAGAACAUUAGUAAUAAAUUUCGCAAAUGAAACUGUAUAAGAAAUUACUCCACUUAUUGAUUAAUUUAAACUCCUCUAUAAAAAAAAGUAAGAAUAAUUAGACUUAUCACAAAUUAAAAAUUCUGAAUUACAAAACACUUUAUAAGAAUUCAAAGAAAUUAAGAGGAAUGAGUAGAAUAAUUAUGAUCAGCUGCUUUAAGAUACUUAGAAUUUAUUGUAAUAAAAAGAACUAGAAAUAAAAUAAUUACACCAAACUUAAAGUGAAAUAAUAAAAGAUUAAUAACAAAAAAUUUAAGAACUUCAAAAGUAAAAAGAUUAUUUCUUGAUAGAAAAUGCUAAAUAGAAAUAAGAAGAUAUCAUUUAGAAUGAGUAAUUACAACAAUCUAUUUUAUUAAAUUCUUUUACUUUUUCUUAAACUUAUAAAAACUCAAGUUGUUAGGUAUCUUAGAAUGGAAAGCUAUUUUAUAAUAAGGGUCUAUUUUAUUCAUGUUUAUGCGAUUAAGCUAUCCCUAAUCAAGGUAUUGUGAAAUUUGGUUAUUUAAUACACGAUAUAGGUACUAAUUAGACUAUGGUUGGAAUAGGAGCAAGAGAAAUAAUUUCUAAAUUUGGGUAUUCGAAUAUACAAGAUUCAGGUAAAGGGUAAAUAAUAUUUAUAAUUUUAGAGCCUAUCUUAUAAUGAGUAGUGGCUAUUGUUUUAGUCAUCAUCAAAAAGAGAAAUAUCAUAAUUCAAUACCUUUCACUUUUACUAAUAAUGAUAUUAUUAUUAUAGAAGUUGACAUAGAAUAAAAAUAAAUCAAAUGGAUAAAAAAAUCUACUAAAUAAUCUUUUGUAAAUUUUUAUUAAUAUUUAGCUCCUUGAAAUAGAUCCAAAAUAUGAAUAUUAUCCAUGUAUUAAUGGUCCGGGAAAAGUUGAAAUUUUAAAUGAAAUAAAUCCAUGA